AUGGACAUUGACUUGCUGCUCUUCGGACAGAUUUUGUACGAAAUGGCUACAGGCAUGGAGCUUUUAAGCCCGCUUCCGGAGGAAGGCGUGCUCGAGAUGCUGGCGCCGGAGAUCGCCGAGGUGCUUGUGGUGAUUUUCUAUGAGCCAGAGUCAUUGGCGCCGCCAGAGCAAGCUUCUUCCUCUAUAGAAGUGGACGUGGAGAACAAUGGCGCCGAGUUUGAUGACACUGCGUCAGUCAGCACCAGCACCGUGAGCAGUCGCAGCAAGAAGCACCUCUUUUUGGUAGAUUUGGAGCAGAUGCUGGAGGAUUUCCCGCUGUUCGCUGCGGCGCGUGACGUGCCGCCGAUCCGCACGCUAUUCUCCGGGUUCCGUCUCGACUCGGGCAUGAAGAGCACCAUCAAGUACAGCAUGCGCAUCAACGCGAGUCGCAGCCAGGCGCACAUCGUGCACUACAACGACCAAGAGGCACUGCUGCGUGCACGCCAGCGAGCCGAGCGCCGCGUGUACGAAGAGAAGGAGAAGCAGCAGCAGCGUAUCCAGCAGCUCACGCCCAGCAAGAACCCCACCAGCAAGGGCAACGCGUACAGCAGCAAGACCAUUCCUUCGAGAAGGAAAACCUACCGCGCCGACAGCUUCCGCAAGCACGCGCAGCGCGCGCUUGCCAGGCCUGGAAGCAGUAAAUCCAACGCAAGUGCAUCCAGCGCCUAA